CCAGGAGCACCUGCGACAGGUGGAGCGCGCGGCGCGCUGCGCUCGGCCAUGUCUGCGGAGGGCGCCGGGCCGGGACUGGGGCUCGGGCUGGGGUCCGAGCCCGGCCCGCUCUGCCCCGAGCACGGCCAGGAUCUCAGCUGGUUCUGCGGCUCCGAGCGGCGCCCCGUGUGCGCCGCCUGCGCCGGGGUGGGCGGCCGCUGCCAGGGGCACCGCAUCUGCCGAGCAGAGGAGCGCGCCGAGGAGCUGCGGAACAAGAUUGUGGACCAGUGUGAGAGGCUGCAGUUACAGAGUGCUGGCAUCUCCAAGUACGUGGCUGAGGUCCUGCCAGGGAAGAACCAGAGAGCAGUGAGCAUGGCCAGUUCAGCAAGGGAACUGGUUAUCCAGCGGCUGAGUCUGGUGAGAAGUCUGUGUGAGAGUGAGGAGCAGCGGUUACUGGAACAGGUGCAUGGUGAAGAGGAGCGGGCCCACCAGAGCAUCCUCACCCAGCGGGUCCACUGGGCUGAGGCUCUGCAGAAACUUGACACCAUCCGCAACAGCCUGGUGGACAUGCUCACCCACCUGGAUGACCUCCAGUUGAUUCAGAAGGAGCAGGAGAUUUUCGAGAGGACCGAGGAAGCAGAGGGCAUUUUGGAUCCCCAGGAAUCAGAAAAAUUAAACUUUAACGAGAAGUGCACUUGGAGCCCACUACUGACCCAGCUCUGGGCGACAGCGGUUCUUGGGUCUCUCUCAGGCAUGGAGGAAGUCCGCAUUGAGGAGAAGACUGUCAGCCCCUCCCUGCAGUUGUCAGAGGAUCGAAGGACCCUGACCUUCAGUGCCAAGAAAUCCAAGGCUUUUGCAGAUGGCCCAGAGCGCUUUGACCACUGGCCCAAUGCCCUGGCUGCCACCUCCUUCCAGGAGGGGCUCCACGCCUGGAUGGUGAAUGUUCAGAACAGUUGUGCCUAUAAAGUGGGCGUGGCCUCAAGCCAGCUGCCCCGCAAGGGUUCGGGAAGUGACUGCCGCCUGGGCCACAACGCCUACUCCUGGGUCUUCUCCCGCUACGAUCAGGAGUUCCGCUUCUCGCACAACGGGCAGCACGAGCCCCUGGGGCUGCUGCAGUGCCCCGCGCAGCUGGGCGUGCUGCUGGACCUGCAGGCGCAGGAGCUGCUGUUCUUCGAGCCGGCCUCGGGCACCGUGCUCUACUCUCACCGCGCAUCCUUCCCUCGGCCCCUCUUCCCAGUCUUCGCUGUGGCCCACCAGACCAUUUCCAUCAUCCACUGACCUUUGGCCACAGGGAGGCCAGCUCUACCUCCCCACCACCUGCUCAGGCCAGGCCAUGUACCUACUGGAUGUCCCUUCCCCAGAAGAUGUUGGGGUUUGUAAGGAGAAGGGUCCAUGCCCAGUGGGCAGCUUUAGGAGCAGUAGAUAUGUUUCAGACCUGGACACAUCUUUUAAAUCCUGGGCAUCUGUGGAGAAUCUGCCACUCCUGUACUGUGUCUCCCAAGUCUACCACACAUCUGCCCCAUGUGGUGUCUCGUUCACCAUUUUAUCUCUGGCAACCAGCAUGGUAUCUGGUGCAUAGUGAGGAAGCAAUAAUUAUAUGGUGAGUGAGUAGAUGGAUGGACAGAUGGACAGGUGACUAGGCAGAUGUAGUUUCUGGAGAAGCACUUCAGCCCUCUGUCCCCAGCUUCUCACGUGUGGAAGGGAUUCUCUGCAGAGAAGCCUAUGGCUGAAGACUUAUCCUCUUAGUUCAGUACUUCUCAAUCUUUUUCAUGACAUGGCACAAUGAGAAAAUAUUUUUGUAGUACACAAGGACAACCUGGAAGGAAUUUAGAAUUCCUGUAAGGCUGCUUCUGGAAAGAAGAAUCUGACCUGGGAGUGCCCAUGUCCUGCCCUGAGGGAUCCCAUCUCCAAAACCUAUGGCAGCACAGCCAGGGCAUCUGCCCCAGACCUGGAGGCUGAGUGCCAGCUUGUGCCCACCCAUGACAAUGGGGAUAAAUGUUUCCCUUGCUGUAACUGAUGAGUGCCCCUGUGACUUAAAAGUGAAGACCUGGGAUGAGUUUCAAGUCAGAAGGAGCCAAGAGGACUGAGGGCUGACCUUAGGGAGCAUGGACAUGAUUAAAGGUUUUAAAAGACUUGAGGACUUCUCAGAUGUUCUUUGUUGGUAAUUGGCUAAUCCUAUGCUGGCUGUCUUAACCCUCACACCCAGCUCAGCCUAGCAGAAAGACCUGGGAGACAUUUACUGGGAUUAAGGGGAAGCCCUUAGUGUUUUCCUUCAUGAACUAAUCCAAGAAUAGUGGUCAUCAAACUUUUAUCCAGGAACACUCUUAAAAAGCAUCUUUACACUGGGCAUGGUGGCGCCUGUCUAUAAUCUCAGCAACUCAAGGCUGAGGCAAGUUCAAUCACAAGUUCAAGGCCAGCCUCAGCAACUUAGCAAGGCCCUAAGCAACUUAGUGAGACCCUGUCUCAAAAUAAAAAGGAAAAAGGGCUGGGGAUGUAGUGCAGGAGUAAAGCACCCCUGUUCAAUCCCCAGUGCCAAAAACAAGCUUUACCAGGGCUGGUGCCGGAGCUCAGUGGUAAGAGCUCUUGUCUAGCGUGUGAGGGGCCCAUUUGGGUUCCAUCCCCAGCACUGCAAAAAUAAAACAAAAUACUACCUACAACUGAGGGCUCUGGGUCCAAAGAGGAAGUGAACCAGAGCCCUCCCCACUUUCUUUGGGAGCCACAGAGCAGUUUGAAAAUCUCUACUUAAUCAGGAGAGGUCACAAAAUAAGGCUGACUGGGGUCAGUGGACAAUGAAUAAAAUCAUCCAAGAUUCAACAACUCCUCCGCCUCAGCUAUUUCUGGCCAUGCAGUAAUGUGGUCCCAGAAUGGAUGGGGGUAGAGAUCUUUGGAGAAAAGCUGAAAAGUCCCUAUCUUGAUGUGGAAAAAAGGAUGUUUUUAUUUUUCAUUGCAGUGCUGGAAUGGAACCCAGGGCCUCAUGCAUGCUAGGCAAGUGCUCUACCACUCAGCCACACCCCUGCCCUUUUUGUGGAUUUUCUUGUUAGAUUUGCUUAACAAUUUACUUAAAGAAAUUGGGCUGAUUAAAUACAUAGGCCUCUGGUUGGCAACUCUUGGUGGAGAUGAUCUCCAAGGUCCUUGCAGCUCUGACACUAUAGUUCAUGACCUGUAUCUUCAUCGCCUGACACUUGGGAAUUACUAUUGAACUGCCUGGCCUUGGUGCCAGGUCCAAGGGAGACAGACACUAGUGGUUUGAUCAAGUUUGAAGGGAUCUUUCCCACCUUUGCCUGGGCACAGUCCCUGCCCAGAAAUCUGGGUCAAAAUCAACCUCUUCUCUUUGGCACCUGAAGACCUGGGGGCCAUGCUCUCCCCCACCCCCCCACAGCAGCCUUCAGUUCACAGGUCAUGGGCAUGUUGUAGGAAUGUCCCCUCAUCCUUCUACCCAUUCAAAUGCCACCCUCAACUUCACCACCAACUUCAGGCCCUCUCCAGAGCCCUCCUAAUCUGUUGGCACUGGCACCCACACAUUUGUGCCUGCCUGUGCUUUUAACCUAUAAUUAAAACUUGUGCCUGACCCUGGGCAAAGCAGACAGAUGGGGAGACAAGUGCACGGGUGAGGCAGGAAGACACGGAAUUUAAACCCCAGCCUACUCCUUCAACCUCCAGCUGUUUCCCCCGUCCCUGAGCUCCAGUCCUUGUACCCUGUGGUCUCCGACCCCCAUGCUGGCCCUGUGACUGGGGUGCCCUUUAAGAAUGACAUUACUGGGGCUGGGGGGAUAGCUCAGUCGGUAGAGUGCUUGCCUUGUAAGCACAAGACCCCGGGUUCAAUCCCCAGGACCCCCCCCCAAAAAAAAAAAAAAAAAAGAAUGACAUUACUCAGGACACCUUUCCUAUUCUCCCAGGAUCUCUACUGCGCUGUUUCAUGUGACAGAGGUCCCUGUCCACUUGAAACCUGGUGGUCAAGCCAAUGGGCUUUGGAAUCAGAUGUGCCUAAAUUGGAACCCUGGUUCCCUUACAUGCCGACUGCAGCCACGUUACCUAACCCCCAAAUCUCCAUUUUUUUGAUUUGUAAAAAGGGGUCACACCACUUAUGCCUGCAAGGGAGCUUCGAGGGUCAUAAUGUAGAUAAAGAACCUAGCAGAGUACCUAACAUAGGUCAGGCAGGCAUAAGCCAUCAGUCUAACUUCCUGUGACCAAUUAUGGUAUUUCUUGUGUCAAAUUUCCUAUUCAGACUAUUCAUUGUCCCUAUAGCAUGGCUUAGCAUCCUGAGUUUCAAACUAAUCUCUAUCUAACCUGAGGCUUGGUGAGGGGGUGGAUCUCAAAGACUGAGUAAUAAAAGGAAUUCUGCUUCAAAUUAUUAUUUUAUAAUGGGGUUUCAGAUCUCCAAUGACAACAGAAUCUUGCUGCUAAUACAAAGUUUGAAAAUGCCCAUAUUUUUGUUGC